AAGAGUUUUUAUUUUUUAAAAAGAAAAAUAAAAUUUUAUUUUUAAUUUUAAUUUUAAUUUCUAAAUUAAUUUUAUAAAGAUCUUCUUAAUUUUUUAAUUUUUUGGAAUUUUAAAGAUCUUAUUAAGUUUUUAGAGAAUUUUUUAUAUUUAAUAUGUACCAAAUAAAAGUAAACAUGUUAGUAAGAACAUUGAAAGUGCUAGUAGCCCAGUGGUAAAAUACCUUGCCAUUUGACCAAUCAACCUGGGUUUGAAUCCAGAGGUCUGCAUGUAAAACGACGUCGUUUCAUCUUAUUUGAAAAAUGAAAGUUUGGUGUUUUUUGGUCAGUCCAAAAGUUCAUGGUUUUUUUGGCAAUUCGUGCAAAGUUGAGGUUUUUUUUUGCCGAAUUCUCAUAAUUCUAAGCAGCACACAGUUAAUCUUAUAUAAUCAUCAACAAAAAUAUUUAUAGAGCAUACUGAUUAUAUUUAUUUUAUCAUAUUUGUCUCCUCUUAUUUUUGUUAAAUAAAAAUAUAUCAUUUAUGUAAUAAAGGUAUAUUUUGUAUAUAUGUUAUGAUUCAAAUUUUGUAAGUAAAUACAAAUGAUGAAAAACACUGCAAUGCGUGACUUAACUGAUGAUUAAAUUUAUCUUUUAUUAUUUUCGUUAAGUUUUAUGCUAAAUAUUGGAUAUAUAUCCGAAUAAAUAAUUUACUUUUAUCAAAGUUAAAAUUUUAUAAGUUAGACAAUAUUCAUAUUGCUCUGCUAAAAAUGGAUCAUCUAAGUUUGACAAUAAAAAUAUCAAAAAUGAAUAUCAAUCAUUUCAAGAUAAAUAUUUAAAAAUAAGUUUUUUGUUUUAUAGAACAUAAACAUUAAGAAUGAUUUCAAUCUCAUUUGAAAAAGGGUCAUACUCAUAUGAUGAGAUGAAUUCAUUAAUAGUUAUUAUUAUAUAAUAAGUUAAUUAUAAAAUAUUUAAAAUAAAAUAUACACUAUUCAAUAUGUAAAUAAAUGUUAUAACCAGUUAAAUGUACAUCAAAUUUAUAUAUAUUUAAUGAGUGUUUUUCUAACAUUAAAUUAUCAUAAAAUAUUUUUUUUAAAUUAUGUUAUGUGCUACUGGAUCGAGGUCUAAUAUUUUUCAUUAAAUACACAGAUUAAUAUUUCAAUAAAUAAUAAUCUCGUUAGUAGAAUAAUACUUCUUCCAUAUAUAAAUAAUUGAUGUUUUAGUUUUUCUCUUUGUUUACAAAAGAAAAGAUUGAUGUUCUGUCUACAAUCUAUUUUGUUUUUUAAUUUAAAAAAAAAAGAAUCUAAAAACAUUGAGAGGUAGCCUUUAUUGGAAAUAGAUAAAACUAAUAAAUAAAAAUAUGUAUUUUUUUUUUACAUGCAAAUUUUAAAACAUCAAUCUCUUAAAUCUAGAGGGAGUAGUCACUCAUCUAGUUGUUAUUAAAAAAAAAAAAAAAAAAAUCUAGGUGUUAUUAGUAGUACUCCUUGUUCAAAAACUCGGCCGCGUAACCGAUUUUGCGGCCGGUUAAACGCUAUACGUAUGGUGAGCGCGGCGAUUAAGAUCGAUUCGGUUGGUGUUGAACAGUAACACGAGUAAUUCUGGCUUGGAGCGUAGAAUUAGAGAACGCGGGCGUCGAAUUGACAAAACCUCGUUUUGUCCAAAUCAUGAAACAUUAGAAAAAAAACUCAGAUUUUGUUAAUAUUGUAUUGGAAACACAAGAAUAGUAUGUGUUUUAUUAUGUAAGUGCUAAAUCUAAGGGAUUACGUGAUGAAAUCAUCGAAAGCUCGAGUAAAAACAAUGGCGGCCGCAUACUGAAAAAAAAAAUAGGUCUGGGAAGAAGACGAGUACAAAAUACAACUUCAUCCCUAUUAAAAUAAAUGAGUAAUAAAAUAAUACAGUGUAAGACACGAGAGUCGAACUGUGCUCUACGUUAAGUGUACUGUGCAGAGUUACCACUUCACCUGUGAAGAAUCAUCGUGUAUGCUAGAAACUGUAUAUAUAUAAUUACAUUUGUAAAUUUUUAAUCCACCUUAAAGUGUGUCGACCUUCCCUUGCUUAGUUACAAUGAGGCAAUAACCACUUUAGUAACGUAAAUUCAUUAAAUAUGUAUGAAACCAUAAAUAUAUAGCAACUACAAUUUAAAAUGUUAACUUCUAGUUAUAAUAUGUGGUAUUAUACGUAUAAAGUACACAAAAUUCCUCCCCGCGUACUCCCCGAUUUUUUUUCGCUUUUUCAAUAAAUCGCUAGGCCCUAGUGCGCCGCACGCGUAGCGCCUAGCGAGUUUUCGAACAAGGGUAGUACUAUUACCAAAGGAACGAAAAAAGGAAAUUUAGAAAUUUGAAUUCCACGUGGCAGUUCUAACGUUCGAGUAAAAAUUGAAACAGCUGGAUUAUCAGUGCUUUGCACCCAGACCUAACUGAAAAAAGGAAAUAGAGAAAUCAAACAUUACACGUGUCAAAUAUAACGGCUGGAUUGAUCACCGCACGGUCCGAACCUAAGGUUCAGCUUUGCGCCUGACAUCCCCGAACCUAAUUGAAAAAAGUAAAUAGAGAAACUUGAGAUGCAAGUAGUAGGAUUAUAAAUACAAAUCACACAGGACACAACUACACAAUUAGUCUUUGUUCGUUUGAUUACCAAAGUCUGAGAAAUCUAAAGAGAGUGAUAACGAAGGAAAGAAAGAUGAAGAGAUCUAUGUCUGAUUCUAAAGAAAGCAGUCGAUAUGGUCGAUGUGACGACGACGACAACAGCUGCGACUCCGACUGUCCUCACAAGAAGCCUAAAACAGAGGACGAUGCUGUUUCCUCGACCAAGAAGAGCCCUUUUAGAGAAAGAGACUUCUGGGUGUUGACUAGUUUUCUUGGAAAAGGCUCAUAUGGCUCUGUUCACUUAGCCGUGAGAACGACCGAGGGAGAAGAAGAAUCACUUCCUAAAGAGAUGGCAAUCAAAACGACCGAGUUCUCACAGGCUUCACGGCUCAAGAACGAGGCUGAGUUCUUAAACCGUCUCGAAGAUAACCCAUACAUCGUCUCCUACUAUGGCAACGUGACCACACAUGACAAGAAAACCAAGAAGAUGGUGUACAACACCAUUCUCGAGUACUGUCACGGUCAAUGCCUCGCGAAACACAUCAAACUCCACAAAGGAAUAGGGUUGGCGGAAGACAAUGUGAAGAUGUUCGCUAUGAGUAUCCUGAUUGGUCUGAAGCAUAUCCAUGAAAAGAAGAUAAUCCACUGCGACAUCAAACCGAAGAACAUUUUACUCGCCGCUGAGAAGACAGGGGAGCAUCACGGGUUUGUGGCUAAGAUCUCUGGUUUUGGGAAAGCCAUGGAGAAAGGGUCGAGUGAGUACGGUGAUGGAUGGGGUCACGUGAGAGGCACAACACGGUUUAUGUCCCCCGAGCUUAUAGGGGACAAAGUUCUGGACUAUGGUGCGGAUGUUUGGGCCUUUGGGUGCACGGUUCUUGAGAUGUUGACAGGGGAACGUGUUUGGGCAGAGCAUGGUGCGUUGUGUUGUUGGGAAGAAUGGAUUACUCUCAUUGGUGAAAGCGAUUUGGUUCCAUAUGUUCCUGAUUCUUUGUCUGAAGAAGCAAAGGACUUUCUGUCAAAGUGUUUUAAGAAAGAUCCUUCCCGAAGGUGGACUGUUGACAGCUUGAUGAACCAUCCUUUUGUUAGGUGGAAUAACGAAUACCCUGAAGAGGAGGAGGAAAAAGAAGAAAUAUUUGAAGAAGAAGAGGAAGAGGAAGAGGAAGAAAACGAAAUAUUUGAAGAAGAAGAAGAAGAGGAAGAGGAAGAGGAAGAAGAAGAAAUAUUUGAAGAAGAAGAGGAAGAAGAAAACGAAAUAUUUGAAGAAGAAGCGAUUGAAAUAGAUGAAGAAUACCCUGAAGAGGAGUCGGAAGAAGAAGAUCAAAAAUAGGUGUCCAUGUCAAUUAAUCUUGUUUCAUUAUUUGUAUUAAUGCUGCAAAAAUAAUGGUUAUUGUAAGAAGCAUAAAUGUUUCACUUGCAGUGAAUUAAUUGAUUUUCUCGAAA